GCUGGACUUGAGAACUUUGACAAGAAGCAGGCCAGGGAUCAGCGGCGGAAAGGUUGCCUUCCGGCGGGUUCUUCAGCCGAGGCCUCCAGAAGAAAAGCAACGCGAGAGAAAAGCGGCGGCGAGGCUCGCGUACCUCCUGGCGGUGCCACGGCCUGAACUAGGCGAGAGGAAGGAAAGAGCGCGGCUACCUCGGCUUCCCCCCUGGUCCGCGCCGUCCACUUCGAACUUGGCCGCUGAUCGCUCACUUUUGCUGCGGAAAGUCAAAUUCUGCAAGGGGGGAGAAGGAAAGAGUUUUCAAUGAAGAACUGAAGCCCCUUCGAAAUUGGGCAGGCCGAGAAUCGGGCGCAGCUCCGAUGUAAAGGAAGUGCUAAACUUUGGCGACGGAGUAAGGGGACUGCGCUGCACGCUCCGCUCCGCUCGGUGGCAGCGGCGCGGGUUUCCCACGGGACCUCCUCCUCCCCGUCGCCUUCCUCCUCGUCCUCCUCGGCGGUGGCAGCGACCGGGCGAAGCGGGCUUGGCUUCUGCCCGCGCGCACGGAGACGGCGGCUGCGGCGUUGGAUCCGUCAACGUACUGCGAGACCCCGGUGUACAGCCCGGACGUGUGCCCCAACAUGAUCGCCGCGCAAGCCAAGCUAGUGUACCAGCUGAAUAAGUAUUACACGGAGCGGUGCCAGGCCCGCAAGGCGGCCAUCGCCAAAACCAUCCGUGAGGUGUGCAAGGUAGUUUCCGACGUGCUGAAGGAGGUGGAAGUGCAGGAGCCGCGAUUCAUCAGCUCGCUGAGCGAGAUCGACGCGCGCUACGAGGGACUGGAGGUCAUCUCGCCCACCGAGUUCGAGGUGGUGCUGUACCUCAACCAGAUGGGCGUCUUCAAUUUCGUGGACGACGGCUCGCUGCCAGGCUGCGCCGUCCUCAAGCUGAGCGACGGCCGCAAGCGCAGCAUGUCGCUGUGGGUGGAGUUCAUCACCGCCUCGGGCUACCUGUCGGCGCGCAAGAUUCGCUCGCGUUUCCAGACGCUGGUGGCGCAGGCCGUGGACAAAUGCAGCUACCGCGACGUGGUCAAGAUGAUCGCCGACACCAGCGAGGUCAAGCUCCGCAUCCGCGAGCGCUACGUGGUGCAGAUCACGCCCGCCUUCAAGUGCACCGGCAUCUGGCCGCGCAGCGCGGCCCAGUGGCCGCUGCCCCACAUCCCCUGGCCGGGGCCCAACCGCGUGGCGGAGGUCAAGGCCGAGGGCUUCAACCUGCUCUCCAAGGAAUGCUACUCGCUGACCGGCAAGCAGAGCUCGGCCGAGAGCGACGCCUGGGUGCUGCAGUUCGGCGAGGCCGAGAACCGCCUGCUGCUGGGCGGCUGCCGCAACAAGUGCCUCUCGGUCCUCAAGACGCUGCGCGACCGGCACCUCGAGCUGCCCGGCCAGCCGCUCAACAACUACCAUAUGAAGACGCUGCUGCUCUACGAGUGCGAGAAGCACCCGCGGGAGACCGACUGGGACGAGGCCUGCCUGGGCGACCGCCUCAACGGCAUCCUCCUGCAGCUCAUCUCCUGCCUGCAGUGCCGCCGCUGCCCGCACUACUUCCUGCCCAACCUCGACCUCUUUCAGGGCAAACCCCACUCGGCCCUGGAGAGCGCCGCCAAGCAGACCUGGCGCCUGGCCCGGGAGAUCCUCACCAACCCCAAGAGCCUCGACAAGCUAUAGGGCGCCUAGGGCUCCCUUGACGACUCUGGAACCCAAUGACUGAGGACUCAGGCAGCGGCGCGCCUCCUGCUCUCCCCUUUUCCCAAAAUGACCUUAAAAAGAAAAGACGCUCCCAGCAGCGACGGGACUUGGCGGCAGCCGAGCGAAACCCGAGGUACAUUUCUUCCACGUCCCCGCCCUGAAUACUCAGUGUGUGUACCCCCUCCCUUCUCUUCGUCGCUCUCGCGCGCGCUCUCUCUCUCUCUCUCGUUUGCCUGAAUGUUGUCACCAAGUGAAAAACAACAUUAUUUAACUAGAUGUACGAUUUUCUUUCUUUAAAAAAGUAAGGAAAGAAAACAAAAUAAAUUAAAAAAAAAAAUAAAAGCCCAAAAGAGAAAA